GCGCGUGUGCGCGGAUGCGGGCGCGUGCGAUUGUAUCUGCCCUCGAGCUUGCGGAAGAAGAGUGAAAGAAGAUCAGAUCGUAUCUUAUACGUCCGUCAAUUGCGCAAGUAGGAAUUGUUGUUGUGUGAAUACGGUGGACCACCCGCCCUCCUUGCUGAGUUGGCUGCCCGGCCUCCCGCCCUCUUCACCUUUUCCUCUGGCGACGCCACGUCGGCUGGGUUUUCGCUGAAUACGUUCCCGCUCGCAGAUGAGAAGACUGCGUAUGAACAGGCAGGUGGAGGGAGAGAGGAAGUGUGACUGAAAUCUGUGCAUUAAGCAGCGAAAACUCGAGGCUCAAACUCAGUAUAUGAGCUCAGUGAAAGGUGCUCUGCUUAACUGAAGGCGUCACUUCAUUGACGUUCUGGCGCCAUUAUUUUAUAACUUUGCGUUUGUAGAGACAUGCAGGUAGUGAAGUACCUGCGUGUGUGGUGAGCAGCGGCUUAGUGCAGUCGUUAUUACUUGUUAAGGGUCCAGAAAUUGGGGGGGCAGGGAGGAGGUUUUGAUUCAUGGGGGAAGGGGGUGGUGGCACAACACGGGGGCCUGAUUGACGAGGCGAAUGGUUCUAUGUAUUUGGGAGACUGGGUGGUGGCAUAAUGGGGGAAGGGGGGACGGCAUGGCUGGGUGAGGGGGGUUUCCAUUCAUUGGGGGAUGAUUGGGCAGCUUGCUUGGAAUUGUUGACAUGGAGAAAGAAGAAGAAGAAGAAGACGAAGAAGAAGAAGAAGAAGAAGAAGAAGAAGAAGAAGAAGAAGAAUAUGAAGACGAAGAAGAAGAAGAGGAAGAAGAAUACGAAGACGACGACGACGACGACGACGACGACGACUAAGAAGAAGAAGAAGAAGAAGAAGAAGAAGAAGAAGAAGAAGAAGAAUACGAUGACUAUGACGAAGAAUACGAAGAAGAAGAAGAAGAAUACGAUGACUAUGACAAAGAAUACGAAGAAGAAGAAGAAGAAUACGACUACUAUGACAAAGAAUACGAAGAAUACGAAGAAGAAGAAGAAUACGACUAUGACGAAGAAUACGAAGACGGCGAAGACGAAGAAGAAGAAGUGGGACUGCAAGAUGACUUUGGAGUUCACUCUGUGUGGUGGCCGGGUGACGAGGCUUUACAUCUCCGGAUUUGCCAGGGGGGAAACCGAUCUUGCUUUGUCGGAACUGUCUGGAUCUGAUGCAAUAACCGCAAAGAGCAAGGCACAGUUUGAGAACGCGGAUGCUGAGAUCUCCAACCUAUGUGACAGUGGGGAAGAGGUUGAGCGAUGGAUGGAUAUUGCCGUGAUCAUCGGCGUGAUGCCUAUUGCUUCGGAGAAGCAUAUCCAAGACGGCAUGAAGACGUUUCUGAAUGAAGGGGCCGUGAUCGUCAAAAUGCUGCUUAAUCAGUCUCCCUAUGGAGAUUUGGACUGGGAGACAGCAAGGAGGUCGCGUUUUGCGCAUUUCAAGAAGGAUGACGAGUAUUACAAAGAUCGUGGAGUGAAAGUCAACGAGGUCUUCAGGAAAGUCUCGCGCGGUGUCGAGAUCUUUCAGAAGGAGUGGCUUCCGCUUCAACGGGAAGCAAAAGCACUUAUCUUUCUCUGCCACGGUUAUGGCGACACAUGCGUGUACUUCUUUGAUGAGUUGGGAGUGCGUCUGGCCCGAGAGGGAUAUGCAGCUUUUGGCAUUGAUUAUGAAGGCCAUGGUUUGUCGGAGGGGCUGCAUGCGUACAUCCCUAGUUUUCACACGCUUGUGGAUGACUGUAUCGAAAUGUUUUUGGACAUUAAACAAAGAGCUGAGUUCUAUGGGAAGAAGUGUUUCCUUUUUGGCGAGUCAAUGGGGGGAGCUGUGUGCCUUGUUGCUCACUUCAAGAGGCCGGACGCUUGGGAUGGAGCAGUCCUGUUGUCGCCGAUGUGCAAGAUUGCGGAGGAAGUACAACCGCCAAAGGUGGUGAUCGAGGUUCUCAAGCGGCUCGCACAAGUCUUCCCUACCUGGAAAGCAGUCCCUCAAAGGAAGCUUUCUGACGUGGCAUAUCGUGUUCCGGAGAAGCGUCGUAAUGGGGAGAAUAACCCACUUGGCUUUAAAGGGUACCCACGCCUGCGGACAGCGCUGGAGUUGUUCAACAUUACCUUUCACAUUGAAGAGCGUAUGAAGGACGUCACAUUGCCAUUCAUCGUGCUGCAUGGCAGCGAUGAUGUGAUUACGAAUGCGGAAUGCAGCACUCAGCUGUUUGACGAGGCAAAGAGUAAGGACAAGGCGAUCAAGAUUUACAAGGACUCGUGGCAUUGCCUUCUAUCUGGGGAACCAGAUGAUGUUGUUGAGAAAGUAUUGGCCGACAUUUUAGCAUGGCUUGACGUUCGCAGCGGAGAUAACCAGAUUCCCUCUACUGAUGUUGAUGCUGCUGUGAGAUUGCACCCUCAGGCGAAACUUUGCAAUGAGCCUUCUCUCUGCUCCUCACCGCCUUGUGCCAUCGGCAAAAUAGUUCAGGAGGCAUAAAUAGAUGUGUGUGUGGAGCCAGGGGGGGGGAGGGGAAGGUGCACACAUUGGGGUGUAGUACAGGAGGAGCUCGCACACAGUCGGAUAGUGAGCUGUGUAGGUGUAAGCAUGGUAGACGGAUGCGAUUAGACGUGUAGGGAAGCUGACGAACGAGGUCUGGGCUGGAAGCAGUUUGUGAAUGGUUUGAAAGUGUCCUGAGCCUGCAACGCUGCUGGACGGCAUGUUCCCACUGGUCCCCACAGGAUGCCGAUAGGGGAACGGAAAAGGGACGGGCGGAACUGCAGUGCGGAAGCAGCUGCAACGUGGUCGGGAAUCGGGAAGAUGCUUUCCACUCCUGUGGAAAUAGGAAAGGAGUUGGAAGUUGAAACGAAGAGCGUGAAACAGCUGACAAGGUGUGCGACUGGUAGCCGUGCAUUGACUCGUCGUGCGUCACAAUUCGAACAUCAACCAUAGUGAAGAUGUUUACUGGUGAAGGUCUUCGCUCGGAGUCCACCUGGCUGCAAGUGAUUCGUCAGCUGGGUGAAUUGGUCGAAGUAGAAUUAAUGGAUGAAUUGGAGCGAAGUGCUUGAUGGUGGUGGUGUGAUGCCAACAGAGGAGGGGGAGAAGGAUGUGAAAGGAGUAGUAGUAGCACUGGGUGCCUGCAGCAGUGGAGAGAACCAUUGCGUGUGUGAAUCUUCUGAGGAAGGAGAACUGCAGUCAUUGCCUUGGUGACUCUGGCUGUCAUCCUCUGUGGGGAUUCACAACAACAGACACAGGCGUUUGUUCUUUCAAUUUAACCAUGGUGUGAUUUGGAUGUUUGAUUCCUCUGUUCUUUUGAUUCAGCCGUAGUGCCAGUUUUGAUGGUUGAUCGCUGCUCCUCUCCCUCCCCCCCUCCCCCCCCACCAUUCUCUCUUGGUAAGUUCUUGAGCAAAAAUAAUGGUAGUGGCAGUUUGGCACGGUUGUCGUCUUUUUGGAGGGGUAGUUUUUCAGCGAUCAAGAAGGUUUCAGAGAUAUCAAAUUAACUUCAAAGUUCAAACAUAGCACCGGCACUGCUCCGGCGGCACUGGGAAGUUGAGUAGCAGUUUUUCAGCAAUGGAGAAGGUUUCAGGGGGAUCGAAAUGAAUCCAUGUAAUGCAGAGGCAGCAGUGAGGAGUUGAGCAACCCCAUUUGUCGCAAAUCCGAUGAGAAGAAGAGAUCUCUCGCUCUACGUCGUCUUUCUGAGCCUGAUUUGCGUGUAUCUGGCCAGUGGGAAGUUUUGAGACUUCUGUUACUGCGGACUGCUGGUCGGAAUCAAAUGGUCGGAAGAGAGCUGCGCGACUGCGUUGUAAGUUUAGAGUAGUGGUCUGUCGAUGUCACAUUUUUAACCGGACAUGGAUUGACCCGGUCGUUUGAAUGAGAGACUGAGUUGGCAUUCACAUGCGGGGUGUCUGUUUUUAGUGGAAGAAAGGUUGGAUUGAGUCCUGCACAUGCACUGAAUGUCCAAAGGUAGAUCUCACGAGAGACAAGACACUUGUGUGGGUAGACCAGAUGUCAAAACUCUCAACCUGCAGAUGCACGGGGCGCGGGAUGAUGAAUCAAAGGCCUAGAAACAU